CAGCCAAGCAGGCGGCGCUGGAAACGUUCGCCCGAUGUUCUUAGAGCGGGGGAGUGGGAGGACGGGAGGAACCCAGCAGUCUCUCCUUCCUCGCCACCUGCUUCUCAUCUACUGGCCUUCCCGCCCUUUCAUGUUUCGCUCUGGGAUCUUAAAAUAAUAAUACAAAAGUCACCCCUACGGUCUCCCCACCCCGCGUAUAAAGUUGGCUGUAGCAUAACAAGCAAUCAAGCAAAGGUUGCGGGCUACCGGAUAUUUCCAUCCUUUCUUUUUCACCCUGCAGAUGGAGGCGACCGAGUACUUUGCCACUACUCUGCCUCCUACUGCUACAGCGACAGCGGCUCUUUCUCCUAGCGACGAAAGCGAAGGAACUGGAUCAGGCCAUUAAUUUCAAGCAGACGAAGAUAACCGAGCCGGCCGGGGCAAAGAAGCGCUGGUGGAGCUGCGGAGGUUUCGCUUGUUUGUUUUUGGGCCCGGGAGCAUCUUGCAGCAGGGAUCCGCUUCGCCCGCCUCUCUGGAAAGCCAGCGCUUGCUGCGGGGGCUGAAGAGACACGCGGAGGAGUUUCUGCGUUUGGGUCGUGCGUGUUGUCGAACUGCUGCCAGUAUCCAGCGCCUCCGCCCGCAAGAUCGGAAACGCUUUCCAAGGCGUCCGAAAAGUAUGGCGAGACCUACAGGGUUCGUCCAGCAUCCAUGCUAGCGUCCCCCUGUUCUCUGGAAGCCUGAGGUGUCGCACUUGGUCCCCAGAGUGUGCAUCCCUCUCUGUCUCUCGUGUGGUCCCUUCUUCGUUUUCUACUCCCCCCACCCUCCCCGGCUUAUCUGGAUGCCUGCUUCCCACAGACCCACUCCUCCCUGGCCUCUGCUCCAGCGCAUCCUCUCCAGUGGUGUUGGAUAGACUGCUGUUGGAAGAAGGGAAGGAUCAAAGGAGUUUUCUUCAGGCUGGACCACAAGUUGUGGCUGUCCUCAACCAGCACAGACCUACCAGUAACUGUCAGGGCGGCAACAAUAGGAGGCUUGUUUGGGGGAAACAAAAUAAGCUGGAUUUAGACACCGGGGGGGGGGUGAAAGCUUGUCAGGCCCACCUUGCUAUCCUAAUUUUGGCCAGCUCCAGCUAUCUCUGAUUUGGCGGACUGUCCCUUGCAUAGCGGUGCCAGGGAAACCACACCAGUGAGGCAGGUCAGGAUCCUGAGUGGAGUGUCCGAGAAGCAGCUUUUUCCACAGGACAAACCAUUCUUGGAAAAUUCUCCAUAGGGCCUCUUCUCCUGCAGGCUGUCAUGAAGCCCUGGGAUCUGACUCUCAUUUUAUACCUUCACCUCUUGAGAGGUUGCAUCCCACUCCUCUCCCUCCAAAGAGACUGAAGGAUGAUUUCCAUGCGUGGAUUCGCACCUCGUUGUGCUCCCCUCUUAUUUUGCUAGUAACAGCUCUUUUCAUCUCAAUGGAUGAGGCGAGACCUUCUGUGUCGGCAGCAUGGUGCAACGAUUCCUCCUGGGCAAAGGCAUCUGGGGACUUUGGAUCCUGAGUUUGGGACAAUCUCCUGCCGUCUGACAAAAAAAGUCCCCUGCACAUUGUCCUUUCGCAGGUCAAGGGUGAGCUGGUGGAUGUGGCAGACGUUGCUUUUACGGGCAGCCUGGUGCCUGCCCAUUGCAAGAGAGGGAAAUUCAGAUGGUGCUCUGAGAUUUGGGCAGGAUUAGGGUGGGGAGUCGUUUGACUGUGAAGAUUCUGACCGGCCGGCUUGUAGCCACAUGGAAGACCCGGGCAAGUCCACGUCCUGGCUGGGGGCCGAGCUGGCCUCUCCUUCUCCGUACCUGCAUAUCUUGGACUGCCGCAGCCGGGAGCUGUACGACUCAUCCCACGUGGAGCGGGCACUGAGUGUGGCCCUGCCAGGGCUGCUACUGCGGCGUCUCCGUAAGGGGAAUCUUUCGGUCCGGUCCUUGUUGCCUGGGCCCCCGCAGGGCCUUGGGGAUAAUGCAGUGUUACUGUAUGAUGAGGGAACCUUCCAGCUCCCCCGAUCAGGGAAGCAGGAGGAGGAGGAAGAGUCAGUGCUGGUGACACUGCUGCAGAAGCUACGGGAGGAAGGUUGUCCUGCCUACUACCUGCAGGGAGGCUUCAAUAAAUUCCAGGCUGAAUGGCCACACCUCUGUGAGACCAACCUGGACACAGCCAGUGCCAGUAGCUCACCUGUGCCCCUGGCAGCUCCUGUUGUGGGGCUGGGUGGCUUGAGCCUAAACUCGGACUGCUCCGAUGCUGAGUCGGAGCCCCUAAGCAGUGGCAUGGAGUUGGAAGGGGCAAGCCCCCCAUCCUUCCCUGUGCAGAUUCUCCCCAAUCUCUACCUGGGCAGCGCCCGUGACUCUGCCAACAUGGACACUCUGGCCAAGCUGGGCAUCCACUACAUCCUCAACGUCACGCCCAACCUGCCCAACCUCUUUGAGAAGAACGGUGACUUCCAUUACAAGCAGAUCCCCAUCUCGGACCACUGGAGCCAGAACCUCUCUCAGUUCUUCCCUGAGGCCAUUGAGUUCAUUGAUGAGGCCCUGUCUCGGAACUGUGGCAUUCUGGUGCACUGCUUGGCGGGGAUCAGCCGUUCCGUUACCGUCACUGUAGCCUACCUCAUGCAGAAGCUCAACCUGUCCCUCAACGAUGCCUAUGACUUGGUGAAGAGGAAGAAGUCCAACAUCUCGCCCAACUUCAACUUCAUGGGGCAGCUGCUGGAUUUUGAAAAGUCUCUGGGGCUCAGCGGGGGCAACCGGCGGCCUGCCUCUGGACAGGCCUGCUUCUUCACCUCGCCAACUGGCAACAGCGUCUUUGAACUGGAUCCCACGUAGCGACACAAAAAUGGUGCUGGCUUCUCUUGCCAUCAGCCUCCUUCUGCGCCUAAAUUCUACUCGCCUGCCCUGGUGGCAGAGUCCUUUUGGGACCAACUGAAUACCUCACGCCAGAGUGGGAGGCUCCUCCCUCAGAACCGACUGCCACUUCCAGAGAAGGUUCUUGUUGCCUUUUGUUGUUUUUUGUUGUCUGAUGCAUCAACAAUUGGUGCUUUGUACCUUACCAAACUUGUAGUUAAGCUGAUGGAGCCAGACCAAUAACCAAAGACCCUUCCCCAUCCCCCCCAACUAACCCUUUCACCUCCCUCUCUGUCCCCAAAGAGCCCUGUAAAACACUGAGAAUCCCCCACUUUUCUGGAGCCUGUUGUUUUCAGGAGUGUUUGCUCUGGACAUACAACAUGUUGAACAUGGUCCAGACCACCCUGUCAAAAUGUCAAGAUUUGGGAUGCGCUGUUUUCAGGGCUGGACCCUGCUGGUUGCUAAAGUGCCCACCUUAUACAGAGUGUUUCCCAUUCUACAGCCAUAAUCUAGAAAUUAAUUAGGUUGGAGACCUACAGCUCCCAUGAGGAUCCUCCCUACACAAGACUUCUGGUUCUACAGUUAAUCAGCUUAAGAGGAGGGGAGGGGAUAAGAGAGACAGAAUCUGGAAGAGAGAAACCAGUCUACCAUGGUAGUUCUACAGUGAAUAAAGGGAGUCUUUGAUAAUAAUGCCAGACCAGAAGCCUGUAUCUCAAAGGUGAGAGGUUCUCCAGCUGGCUAUCUUGUUCUUGGUUUUAGAAGCCUGGACCACUGAUUCCAAAACAAUGUCACAGCAUGUAUAGUCUGAGACUCUAAAAUUGCCUUAAAGAGCCUCUACCAGGUCUGGUACAAGACACCAAACAGAAGAAUCUGCACCCUUUUUAUGUUAAGCCUUCAGCCUCUGGAAUUCUACCAUGCCAGGCCCAAGAACUCCAGCUCUGGAAGUGGGACAGUUAAGGAAUGACCAGGUCAGUAACCUAUAGCUCUGGACGCAGGCUCAGAAGCCUGUAUCAUCUAUCAUACCUCAUCCACUUUCAGCCCCAAGACUCCCUCUCCCAAAAGCAGGCAAGCCAGCCACUCUGGAAUUCAUCCAGCUGUUUAGGAAAAGGAGAAGGAAAUUGUAUGAGAUUGAAGCUUUGGAACAGAUUCGCAUGAGGGAGGCAGCCGGGAGACCUAGAUAAUAAGGAGCAGAGUGAUCAGUUCCUGCACAGAGGUGGCGAAAGUGGAGCAGCUCUGAGUUUAAUGUGUGUGUUUGUACAGAUUUUGAAUGUGUGUGUGUAUGCCUUAAUGCCUCCGUGUAAGCAACCAGAGCUGUGAACGUGUGUACUGGACACUGUCUAUACACCUGCAUGCAGGGCUUCAUUUGUGCCCAGGCUUAGUGCCAGAACUUAGGGCUGGAACUUGUUUUCACUGCCAGGGCUCAGUCCAGGGAGAAGUUAAGUAAUAACAAAGAAGAUAGCACUUCUGAGCAUGUGCAGAAAAAAAGGAAUCAAAGAAAUAACAGGUAAAUGUGCAGGGUGUGUUUUCCCUCCCCAUCAAGGUGCAACAGCCUGAAUCUGCAAUCAAGGGGCUAGAGUUUCUGAAUCAAAUGAUGUGACUUGUAAGCAAGUAUGGGUCUCAGCACUUGUCUAUUUUUAUUUUAUUUGUAUUAAAUUAUCUACAGCCUGUAAGUGAGUUCGUUCAGAUAACAGAUUGUGCCUAUGUGUUUAAACUAUCACCAGGGUAUUCUGAUGCACUCUGUUUAAGGAUAUUACCCUUGGUUUGUUCACUGUGGAUCUGCUGGCCAUAAUCCCAUAGGACUGCAGAAUUUGGUGUUUUCUACAAGAUUGGCUUCCUGCUCAUCCUGCCAUUAUUCGUUUAUUUUUAAAAGCAGCUCUGAAAAUAUGCCUAAAAGUGUUUGUGGGCGAUGCUUGCUGAAAUAAUCUCAAGGAGCUGCUGAAUGUGAGAUUCUAGGGAUCCAAGGAUGGGGCUCCAUACCUUCUGGUCCCUCCCCUUAUGAUUAGCAAAAGCAGGGAAAAUGAUGGUGCAAAGUUGUGAACAAAAUUUGCAGACUAACAGUACAAUCCUAUGUGUGCAUGCACAGACGUAAAUUCUAUUGAGUCCAGUGGGACUUACUCCCAGGUAAAUGUGUAUAGGAUUACAGCUUAAGUUAUGCAAAAAAAAACAAUUAUGCAAAUUUGCUCGACUAGUGUAAUUCAUGUGGGUUGCAGAAUUUUGGGGAUUUGGAUUGCCUGGACAUAGACUUUUAUUUGGCUCUAUACUACAGUUCUGUGUACCUGUAUGUGAAAAAUGCAAGUUUGCAUAUGAGUCCAUGUAUGUUUCUGCAGCCCUGCUUCUCUUUAUGGCAGCUAAGAGACUGCCUAGGGAUGAGUUGUCCUUUUUUUUAAAAAAAAAUGGUUGGCAUCCUGGUCUCUUUGUUUUUCAAAUGAAUGUAACCAGCUCUAGAGCUGACUACAGAGGUGGGCAAGAACUGUCAUUGCCAUGAGCAACACAGUCACUUCAAUAAA